AUGGACAGGUGCGUGAAGAUGUGCGCUACGACCACGUCGACGAGUUUCGCGUACAAAGCCGUCAAGGCGAACAAAUUCGGUACAAAGGUGGAGCGAAUCGCCUUGAAAGUGAAAUCAACCACGAAUGGAAACGACGACAUGGGUUCACACGCGCGAGUGAUUGUGAUCGUGCCCGGGUUCUUAGCCAGUGCCGACGCAUACGCGGAGAUGUGUUCGGCGUUGAGGCUCAAGUUGGAGAAGAGAGGUGGAUUGAAGGUUGACGCGCGCGUCGUGCCGGUGACAAAGGUGGAUUGGUGGCCAACGCUGUUCGGGAAGGAUUUCUCGUCGAUCACGGAUAAGAUUGACGCUUCAAUCCGAGAGGCCUCGAGUGUUUCGAGAACAGGGCGGGUCGGGGUCGUGGGGCACAGCGCGGGGGGCUGGUUGGUUCGAUUGUGGAUGGGCGAGAAGAGAUAUUGCGGACGAAGAUAUUCCGGAGCGCACAUGGUGGAUACUUUAUUGACUUUAGGUACGCCACACGCGAGCGCGGAGGCGUAUCCGUUCGGUCGAGUGGUGGAGAAGAGAGAGAACGAGGAUAACGAGGGAGUUCCGGAGGAAGCCCGUGGGUCGUCGUUAGCCUUUACCAAUUUUCAUUACCCGGGUGCGUUCUUUGAUUCGACAAGAUACGUAAACGUCAUUGGCGACGUCGAUCCCGAGGGCGCAGAUUCCUUCGAUCUGAGCGACGUGCUCGACGCCAAGAAAUCUUCGAGGGGCGGUGAGUCCGUCAUGGACCGCGUCUCUCGCGCCUACCGCGCCUGGAUCUUCGGCGUCUCCUACGCCGCCAACUGUCGCUCGGCUCGUGUUCGAGGCGACGGCGUCACCCCAAUCACCACCGCCCACGCCCUCGACGGCGCCGAAGAGAUCAUCCUCCGAGGCGUAUACCAUGGAAACGCGCAAGGCUCGCCCUGGUACGGCUCACCCGAGAUUGUCGACGACUGGAUUAGAUUUUUGUAG